AUGGAAACCGAAGGAGAUGAUGCUACCCCUCGAAACCCAAAACGGAGAAAACCCCUAAACCUUCCUGCUCAGUCAAGCCAAGAUUUAAUGCCUACCCUUCCUCCUGAACUCAUCACAGAAAUAUUGUUAAAGCUUCCAGUUAAAUCCCUCUUGCAAUUCAGGUCUGUUUCAAAAUCUUGGCUUUCCUUAAUCUCUAGCCCUGAAUUUGUGAAGACCCAUCUCUUAUUAGCCAACCACCGUGGAGUUAUGUUUAAUGUUUGUAAUGCUACACACUAUGUCAAGGAGUGUUCUCUUAGCGCUUUACUUUAUGAUUCUGUUGCUGAGGCAUUUGACUUGGAUUAUCCCGGUAAAAAUCCCUAUUGUUAUCCUUCGAUUGUGGGUUCUUUCAAUGGAUUGCUUUGUCUUGCCGUUGCAGUAUCUGACAGAUUAUUAUAUAACUUGUUUCUAUGGAAUCCAUCAAUUAGAAAGUAUAAGAAAUUGCCUAAUUAUACACUUGAUGUAAGCCACCACUACAAUUUGGACAAACAUCGUUACGGUUUCAGAUUUGGUUUUGCAUAUGAUGCUUUCCUAGAUGAUUACAAGGUAGUGGGUAUUUUUCCUAUUUACAGAAAUGGACGAUUGUGUCGUGUUGAGGUCAAAAUAUAUAGUCUAAAGUCUGAUUCGUGGAGAGAUAUUGAUGAUUUUCAGGGUAGGGAGCUGUUGUCUGUUUCGGGUAAGCUUGUGAAUGGGAAACUUCAUUGGCUUGACAGGGACCAGAAAAUCAUUUCUAUUGAUUUGGCUGAUGAGAAAUGGGCAGAGGUAGAGCAGCCCUCUGAUUUUAAAGGAUGUGGGUUUUUGGUGCUAGCAGUGUUUGGAAAUGAUCUUUCUGCAUUUUGUAAUUAUGAGUGGACGACUCAUGCAGAUGUCUGGGUUAUGAAGGACUAUGGGGUAAAAGAAUCUUGGACAAAGAUGUUUACCAUUAAGUUUCCUCAUCGUCCAACGGGAUAUAUAUUUACUCCACCCAUUUUUAUGUCAAACAAAGGUGAAGUUUUACUUCAGUUUGGAUCACGUUUCACGAAAUACAAUCCAAAGGAUGACUCGACCAGAUAUCUAGAUGUUACUAACUUUGCUCCAUGUCUUGAGGAGGCAGAAAUCUAUGUUAAGAGCCUAGUUUGUCCCUUUUUUACAGAAGGGAUCGCAAAGGCAACAACAAUGGAGUUGAAAUAA